AAGAGUUUUCUUCCAUUUUGAAAACUACAAUCGACAGACGAAAUCAAAGGAGAAGAAGGUUGUCCGGCGAUUUCUUCAGGUGUUUCGAGUGCUCCGACGACGAUAUAAACCAAGUUCCCAAAAUAGAAUUAAUGUCAGAUGCAAAGUUCACUUUUAUUUUCAAUUUUUGGGGUUUUUGGAAGAAAGAUGAAGAAACUGGUAGAUUGAAAUAUGAUGGUUGGAACUCUAUGGAAAUAGAAGACACAUUAGGAAAUAUGAGUCUUGAUAUAAUGAUGUCUGAAUUCGAGUCUUUGAUAAUGAAUAAACCUAGGGCAGUUUAUGCGCUUGAUGAGGAUCACAUUUUAGAAGAAUGCCUAAUACUCCUUAGGGAUCAAAGGCAUUGUGCAAAAGUGUUAGAUUACCUUGAAUUACUAGGACAAAAUGAGUUUAUGUUAUUUGCUGACCAUGAAAGUGACCCUAUGCCUAGUUUUACACCUCUUCCAUUAUUUCCAGAAGAAGAUACUGAUACUGAAAUUGGGAAUGAUGGUAAUGAUGGGGUAGGGGCAGAUCGCGUUGAGGUUGAGAAAGAGAUAGUAGAAGCUGGGAAUGGGGAUGGAGAUGAUGAUGAUGUGGGGGCAGAGGGUAUUGAGGUUGAGAAUAAGAUACUAGAAGCUGGGAAUGGGGAUGGAGAUAAUGAUGAUAUAGGAGCAGAGGGUUUUGAGGGUCUUGAUAGUAUAGAACAGAAGUUAGAGGCAGAGAGCAGUGAGGGAGAAGGGAAUGGUGAUGAAGUAAGGGCAGAGGGAGAGGCUGAAAGUGAUGAUGACUCUAGUGUUUAUAGUGAUGAUUUGGGUGAGAGUGAUGAUGAUGAUGAAGUGAAGCAGGGGCAGUUUAUGGGUAGUGUUCAGGAGGGAGAAGAAGGCAAAUUUGAGUUGGGGAUGACCUUUGCAGGGGCAAAGGAGACUAGGGAAGCCAUAAAUGCAUAUGGUGUUAUGUUUGGAUACAAAUUAAAGUUUGUAAAAAAUGAGCCUAAUAGAAUUAGAGUUGUUUGUAUGAAUGAGAAGCAGUGUAUAGGAAUACCAAAUUCACAUCCAAAGACAUGCAAGGUCAUGUCAAAGACCAUUUAA